ACUUUCGUUUAAUCUUUUUUCGUCGUCUUCUACAAUACUCAAAGAGUAGGGCCCUCCUCUAAGGCUCCAAAGCUCAGAACCCAAUCUCCUUGUCUUCUUCUUCUUCACUUCAAUAACUUUUUUUUUUUUCUCAUCUCUCCUCUCAAACAUCAUCAUUUUUCUGAAAAAUCGAUUCCACAUGAAGCGUUGUUCUUCCAAUCCUCUCUUAGACGGUGAUGGUAGGGACGAGAACAAGAAGAUGAAGAGCUCAGAGGAAAACGAAGGAUCGGAAAUCGGAUUCACGAAUUUAGACGAGAAUCUACUGUACGAGGUGUUGAAGCACGUAGACGCGAGGACCUUAGCUAUGUCUUCUUGCGUGAGCAAGAUCUGGCACAAGACUGCACAAGACGAACGGCUCUGGGAGCUGAUCUGCACGCGUCACUGGGCCAACAUCGGCUGCAGCCAACUCCAGCUCAGAUCUGUCGUCUUGGCUCUCGGCGGCUUCAGACGACUCCACUCACUCUACCUCUGGUCUCUGUCGAGUCCUAAUCCACAUGCGAGGUUGGGUAAAGACGAAUUGAAACUCUCUCUUUCUCUCCUCUCGAUUAGCUACUACGAGAAGAUGAAUUUCGUUAAGAGACUCCCCGAGUCCAAAUAGUUAAAUAUAUCUCUGUUUUCCAGCAUCUUGUUAGGUUUAAUGAAUUUGCGCGAAUCCUUUGUAAGAUGUGCUUUGUAUUUCUUCUGAUUGCUAGUCAUUUUAACUAUCUAAAUAAUGUCUCAAGUUUUCA